GCGAUCUCUGUAAUUUCCGGCCACUGUCUGCAUAUCGAUUCCGAUCCACUCUAGUAAUUUCCGGCGAAGUCUGGUCAGAGUCGCCGUCGGAUCCCGACGCUUCCUUUAGCAAUUUUGCUCAUUGCAACUUCAACAAACUCCUCGAGUGAUAAUUUGUGCUCUACUCUCUAACUGCGUCGUGAUCCAAGCUAGUGUGCAAUCAGGUUCGUUUCUUUUUUUAGUCUCAAUUGAUGAACGAAAUCCUUAGGGAUGGCUUCCAUUUUUCAGCUGAGCUCUAGUCAUUGCGAUGCUCGGAUAAUGGACAAAUCAGUUAUGCGGAUGCUUCAAUUGCUGCUUGAGAAUUGAAUGUCAGUGAACUUAGGGAUUUCCUUCGCUGGUUUCAGGGUAAGCGAGUUAGGUUUGAUUUUGUUGUUAGAACUAGAAGAAAACGAACAGAGGAAGGAGAGGAACCAUAAUUAAUGGAGUCCCAGUCCCAGACUCAGAAUACUUCCUUGCACCGUCUUCAGAAUGUGGAGAAGACUGUUGUCAAGGUUUUGGAACUGGCUGGAGGAGUGAUGGAUGAACUGGCGAAUCCCAUGGGACCCAGGAAGGAAUUCAUCAAUAACCAUUGCCGCGAGUUCAUGCAAAUGAUCAAGGACAUCCAGUUUACUUUGCGCAAUGAAAUCAAAAGCACGUGUGAGUACCGUCCUUUUGAGAAGUGUGACUACAGCUCGAGGAUAUCAAACGAAAUCUGCUUCGACAAGUUGGAGUACCUUACUUCCCUUCUGAAUGGCUUGGAAGAAUCCAUUGACCGGUAUCAUGCUGCUGAUGCUGCUGCUGCAACCGCGAUGUUCCCUCCGAUUGAUUCAUGACAGUGAUGCAUCACCAUUCUCCCCUUAGCUUACCAGCCAGCCUCGUGAGUGUUCGAUUUCCAUGUGUUCCGUUGCAGCCAUUUGGACCAUAGAGCACGUCGCAAAGUCUGAACUUCAGCCUCCACUCAAGCCAAGCGCACGUCGGCAAGCCAGAUCUCCUUUUUCCUGGAUAGGGUAGGGAUUGGUUUACAAAUUUGUAGUUAAAAUGUCUGGCAGUAGCUCCGUUUCACACACUUGCUAUUUGAACCCCCAAUUCAGCUUGUAUUAGUUGAGAUGUUAUUCUCCACAUGUUGAAAUGAGCUGUUGCUUGUGAGAGAUCACAUUUCCACUCAUUUCGUGGUGUUUUCGGUCUUUCGGUCCUGAAAAGCCUUCAGAAAAUGUUGAAACAUGAGCAUUUCUGCACUUCCAAGAAAGUGCUGCAACUGGAUCUUAUAUGGAAUGUACCCAAUUUGCCUCGACAAUUCCAGUUGUCAAAGAUAUUUAAACAUUGAUUUUGCCAUUACAACAAAGAAGCUUGAGGUUAUCUUUGUCAAAUCAACUAGGUAUAACAAUUAUACAAGGGUCCUGAAUCCUAAUGAGUAAUGACCACAUUCAUGAACCGAAAGAACCAAAUCUAAAUGAAACCAGUAUCAGGUAGAAAAUCAUAACCGGAUAUGAUAGUACCAAAGGAUGUACAUUCUUGUCCUAGAACCAAGCUUCCUUCAACGACAAUAAGAGGAGGCGGUGAUCAUCAAUCAAGACAGCAAUAUUCA